CGAAGAGCCAGAUUCUCUAAACCUCAUUAGCAUGGAAAGAAAUAAUAUGCGGACCCUCGUCUGGGCAGACUGCACAGGAUAAUAAGUGCUGAUGGGGAUUUUGCAGUUACUCACUUGACUAAAGCUCACCUCUUCUACAAUGGGCAGAUAAAAUGGAUGCCUCCUGCCAUCUAUAAAAGCUCAUGCAGUAUUGAUGUGACAUUCUUUCCCUUUGACCAACAAAAUUGCACCAUGAAAUUUGGAUCUUGGACUUAUGACCGGGCCAAGAUUGAUUUAAUCAGCAUGCACAGUCACGUGGAUCAGCUAGACUAUUGGGAAAGUGGUGAGUGGGUAAUUGUCAAUGCUGUUGGCAACUACAAUAUAAAGAAGUAUGAAUGCUGCACAGAGAUCUACUCGGACAUCACCUAUUCCUUCAUCAUCAGAAGGUUACCAUUGUUUUACACAAUUAACCUAAUCAUACCAUGCCUCCUAAUCUCCUGUCUGACAGUGUUGGUAUUUUACUUGCCUUCAGAAUGUGGAGAGAAGAUCACUCUCUGUAUCUCAGUACUUCUUUCCCUCACUGUCUUCCUUCUCCUCAUCACAGAGAUUAUACCGUCCACUUCCCUUGUUAUCCCAUUGAUUGGAGAAUAUCUGCUCUUCACUAUGAUUUUUGUGACUCUUUCCAUAAUUAUCACAGUCUUUGUGUUGAAUGUUCACCACAGAUCUCCACGCACUCACACUAUGCCAGCCUGGGUGCGUCGCAUAUUCCUGGAUGUGGUUCCACGUGUGCUGUUUAUGAAGAGACCUAUGAAGGAUAACUGCAAAAAGCUGAUUGAGUCCAUGCAUGCCAGCAGUUUCAGUCCUCCUCCUAGGCUGUGGUCUGAGACAGAAAUUGAACCAGCUUUUCCCAGCUCUUCAUCAGCUAGCCCCACUAGCCCGAGAGCAUCACCUACGUCAUCAUGCUGUCAUCAGUUGGAGCAAACAGCCAAUUCCCAAGUGAUUUGCAAAUCUCCAUCAGGGCAGUAUUCCAUGUUGUGUGAGGAAUCCACAUUGACAAGCUGUACAACAUCACAAGCUCAAUCCCAUUUGCUGGGAGAUGCCCAGACCAAUUUGAUGCCCAAAGUACGUUCUGUAAGUGUCCAGCAAAUGUGCAGUCCAAAAGAAGCAACCGAGGGUACAGUGCGCUGUCGUUCCAGGAGUAUUCAGUACUGUUAUCUGCAUGAGGACUCCUCCCAGACUAAUGGUCAAUCCAGCAGCUCUCCACUGUCACUAAAACAUGACAUGCAAGAGGGACAUCAAAGCAGUAAAACCUCCCAGUGCAAGUGCAAGCCCAAAAAUGAAGGGAAGUCCAGUGGCGCUAGUCAAGUUGCCAAAAACAUCAAUGCCAAAGAGCAAAAUGUCUUACUGAUGUCUCCAUCUCUAAAGUUAGCCAUAGAAGGUGUCCAUUACAUUGCAGAUCACCUGAGAGCAGAGGAUGCAGACUUCUCUGUGAAGCAAGACUGGAAAUAUGUAGCAAUGGUCAUUGAUCGUAUCUUCCUGUGGAUGUUCAUUAUUGUCUGCCUGCUGGGGACUGUUGGACUAUUCCUCCCACCCUGGCUGGCUGGGAUGAUAUAA